UUCUUUCUGGCAAAAAAGUCAAUGGGAAAAUAAAUGUAGUAAAAUGUGUAUAAAAUAGUGCAAAUAUCAAUGAAAGCAACAUGUUUUUGUGUAAAAGUGUUAACGCGAUGCCUUGUUAAAUAGAAUAAAUAGUGAAAAGGUUGGCAAUGUGUACGCUGUAAGAACGGCAUCUCUUGCAACGUUUCCCAGACUCCACACCCUGCACCGCUUGCACCAAAUACCUAUGAAUGUACACACACAAACACAUGCAUUCAACACACAGUCACAACCACAGACAAGCAUAUGUACGUGAAAAAAAACCUGCUGCAGUUGGUCGUAAUUACAGUUAGACACUAAAAUAGCAACACGGUCGGUCAGUUAAUUAAGGAACAAAAAAGCUAGCUGCCUGUGUUUGAGGCGGUGGUGGUGGCAAAAGACGCCCACGCACGCUCCCAAUUUGCAAGGCUUGCAAUGGAAAACGACUCCGUCAAAUCGGAACACAGUGGACGCUCGCGACGCUCUCGCAAUCACAAUAACAACAGCAGCGGGGGAGGUGGCGGAGGAGGCGGUGGCGGUGGCACUGUAAACAACGGCUACCACAGAGAUCGUUCCCGACAUUCACACCGCAGCACACAUUCCUCCAAGUCUGGCAAAGGUCGUAACGACAUGGCGCCCUAUCAAACAAGCGUCAACAUGACAGGUGAUGAGUCUCGCGAUGGUCAGGAGGUCAUUGAAGUGCAGAUUCUGCCGCAAGAUGAAAAUUGGGGUGAGAAUACCACAGCAGUGACCGGCAACACUUCGGAACAAAGCAUUUCCAUGGAGGAUAUCAAUAAUAUGUGGCAUCGUGAGAACGACAAAGGUUUCGGUUUCGCUUGUCGCCGUUACGUUGAAUCCACUUUCUACUUUCUGCUCGGCUGUGCUGCAUUCUUCUCACCUGUUGCCAUGGUCGUUAUGCCACACAUUGGCUUCUUUCCGACCGCCUUCGAUCAUCCGGAACUGACGCAAACCAGGCGUACACAUCUGUUGGCGUGCAGUGAACAGUGCAAGGGUAAAUUGGUGUCGUUGGCUGCCCGCCUGGUGCUCCUUGCCAUUGGUUUGUGGGCGGUGUUUAUGCGACGCACGGCCGCCAGCAUGCCCAGAAUAUUUUUAUAUCGCGCUCUUGUACUGUUGCUGGUGACCAUCUGCACCUUUGCCUAUUGGCUCUUUUACAUUGUGCAGGUGUUGAAUGGCGCCAAGAUUGUUGUGGAAACAGGAGGCGAUGUUGUCGACUAUAAAUCGCUGGUUACCUACGCCACGAACUUUGUGGACACUCUGCUCUUCAUACACUAUGUGGCUGUUGUGCUGCUGGAGCUGCGCCAUCAACAGCCCUGUUACUACAUUAAGAUCAUACGCUCACCCGACGGCGUGUCGCGCUCCUAUAUGCUGGGACAGUUGAGCAUACAACGUGCUGCAGUUUGGGUGCUGCAGCAUUACUAUGUGGACUUCCCCAUCUUCAAUCCAUAUUUGGAGCGCAUACCCAUUUCUAUAUCGAAAUCGCAACGCAACAAAAUCUCGAAUAGUUUCAAGUAUUACGAAGUGGAUGGCGUCAGCAAUUCGCAGCAGCAGAGCCAGAGCCGUGCUGUGUUAGCAGCUAAUGCACGAAGACGCGACUCCUCGCACAAUGAACGUUUCUACGAGGAGCACGAAUACGAGCGUCGAGUGAAGAAGCGUCGUGCACGUCUCAUCACUGCCGCCGAGGAAGCAUUCACGCACAUCAAACGCAUCCACAACGAGCCGGCGCCAGCAUUGCCCUUGGAUCCACAGGAGGCGGCCCAGGCGGUGUUCCCAUCGAUGGCGCGUGCGCUGCAGAAAUAUCUGCGAGUGACACGCCAGCAGCCGCGUCACACAUUUGAGAGCAUUCUCAAGCAUUUGGCGCACUGUCUGAAGCAUGAUCUGUCGCCACGUGCCUUUCUCGAACCAUAUCUGACCGAAUCGCCGGUGAUGCAGAGCGAAAAGGAGCGUCGUUGGGUGCAGUCGUGGUCACUGAUCUGUGACGAUAUCGUCUCGCGACCCAUUAGCAACGAAUGCACGUUCCAGCUCAUACAGAACGAUGUCUCCCUGAUGAUCACCGUGCACAAGUUGCCGCAUUUCAAUCUUGCCGAGGAGGUGGUUGAUCCCAAGAGCAAUAAGUUUGUGCUCAAGCUCAACUCAGAGACAUCUGUAUGACACCACCAUCAUAUGCACCAUCAAUCGCAACAAUCCAAUCCCAGAACACCGCCAAUGAUAACGCCUACGCAUAGCAAUCAAACGCAAUCUUCGUACUUGCAUGUCUUUGUCUGAUACAUUAAAUUGUAUGGAGGGCAGCGCUUCUUAAACGGGAUUAGAAACCUAUCAAAAUUAGUUAAUAUCUGAAUUAUUUUAAGCCAAUUCCAGUUUCUUUUAUACUAUUUUUAAUCCCCAUUAAGAAAAGCUGCUUGUAGUCGUUAUUAUUAGCGGGUUUCAAUUAUUAUUUUAAGUAUUAAUUUAUAUAGAACUCGAAACUGAAACUGAACUUACGGCCAGCAUAUGAUUAGAGUGAACGAUGCUCAAGCCCAGUGUAAUAUCCUAAGCCAACAACGCACACAUAUCACACGUCCCUUGAAAUGACUUACAAACUGAUUUACAAGUUCCCAAAGUAUUAAUCUUAAGUCUGGUUGCCUCGGCUCCCACAAAAAAGAAAAACAAAA